AUGGAAGGAAAUGGUAACAUAACUCAUCAACAGCCUUCGUCAUCUUCUUCCCUCUAUGGCUCCUCGUCGUCUCCUGCUUCAGCCCUUGAGCUUUUAAGAACCGGAGUUAAUGUUUCUUCAAGAUCAGGGAUUAACUCGUUCAUGCCUCCCGGUCCAAUGAUGGAUUCAAACACUGUGCUUUACACUUCUUCAGGGUUUCCAACAAUGGUAGACUACAAGCCAAGUAAUCUCUCCUUCUCUACCGAUCAACAAGGGCUUGGACACAACAACAACAAUAGGUCCGAAGCUCACAAUGAUCAUCAUCAGGGUAGAGUUUUGUUUCCAUUUGGGGAUCAAAUGAAGGAGCUUUCAUCAAGCAUAACACAAGAAGUUGAUCAUCAUGAUAAUCAACAACAGAAGAGUCAUGGAAACAAUAAUAAUAACUCAAGUCCUAGUAAUGGAUAUUGGAGUGGGAUGUUCAGUACAACAGGAGGAGGAUCUUCAUGGUGA